AUGGCGUCCCCGCGCGCGGAGCCCCCGGCCUCGGCGGCCCGGCGGGUGCGCCUGGCCUUGGGCUCCGGGCGAGUGGCGGCCCCGGGCCGGGAGCCGGCGGAGGAGCGGCCGGCGGAGGAGCGGCCGGCGGCGGGCCUGCUGCGGAGCCGGGCCGCGUGCAACCUCCGCACCCGCGUGGUGUGCGAGCUCCGCGCCGACCGGGCCCUGGCCCUCCAGCAGGCCGCCCUGGCGGAGAAGCCGCCGCGGGCAGCCGCGCCCCCGAGCCCCGGCCCCGGCUGGCAGACCCUGCGGGCCUGCCUGGACGCCUGCUCCUCCCUGCUCACGCUGGGCGAGCUCGGCGCGUCCCCGAGCCAGGCCUGGGAGGAGGCGGCCGGGCCCCCCGCGCCGCCCCCCGCCGCGGCCCCCGCCACCCUCCUGACCCUGUGCCUGAGCCCGCAGCCGCUCACCCGGCUGGAGCGGAGGGCCAAGGCCCGGGCCCUGCUGGCCCUGCAGGCGCUGGCCCAGCGGAAGGGCGAGGCCCGGGGGAAGCAGGGGCCCCUGCUGCAGGAGAGCCGGCGGCUGCUGGAGGAGAAGCUGCACGUGUACGACGAGAGCAAGUUCCUGGCCGACCACCUGAGCCGGGUCAAGGAGCAGUGCACCAGGAAGCACCAGGCGCUGUGGGAGGAGUACCUGCAGCAGAGCGCGGCCAUCGGGCGAGAGCGGCAGGCGCUGGCCGCCCAGUACCGCGGGCGCAGCGCCGAGCUGAGGACGCAGCUCAUGCAGGGCCGGAAGGCGCUCUCCACCCUCAAACGCCAGCUGCAGGCCGUGAUCCACAACGCGAAAAUAAAGGAAAGGCAGGAUAUGAAGCUGGAGGCACUGAAGCAGGAGCAGGCCAGAGUCCUGACCGACACCCCCCUCAAGGACCUGCCGGCCCACCUUGAGUUCCUGCAACGCCGGGAAUCGCUGGAGAAGAAACUGGAGCAACUGGAGCAAAUGGACCUGAAGCGGUGCGGGGGGAAGCAAACGAGAGAGCUUGCCAAGAAGGCCAAGGCCCUGGAGUCGACAGCCAGGCAGGUCCAUUUGGAGUUCUGCAGCGGCAUCAGCACAGCCCACAGGCAGAUAAGGAAAGACCUGCAGGAGCUAAAUCAGCAAUGCCAGAAGCUGAACGCUACCAAAAAGCAGUUGGAAGCACAGCAGCAGAAGCUGAAGGAGGAGCAGUGGUAUCUGGAAGCCUUAAGGAAAGGGAGACGGCGACUGCAGGCACAGCGCGAGAGCGAGGAUGUGUGCCCCAAAGCACGGGCUGCUCCGCAGACCCCAAGGCGCCAGUUCUUAGGUCCCCAAGCAAGAAUAAACCCAAAAGGAUUCCUGCAGUUGGCCAUGAAAUAA